AUGAUUCCGCAUAAAAUCAAGAGAGGAGCAGCUGCCCUGGCGAGGUUGAAGGUGUACGAGGGAGUACCUCCGCCUUAUGAUAAAACCAAGAGGAUGGUUAUCCCUGAUGCUCUCAAGGUUUUGAGGCUCCAGGCUGGUCACAAGUACUGUUUGCUGGGUCGGCUAUCGUCUGAAGUUGGGUGGAACUACGCUGAUACAAUCAGGGAGCUAGAGGCUAAGAGAAAGAAGAGGGACUUGGCGGAGGAAUUGAAGCUCGCCGCACGCUCACGGAACCCACCAUCAUCGCCCGUGGAUCUUCAUCGUCAAGAGCUCU